GACUUUUUGCGCGCUUGCGGACCAUGCUUUAGCCUACAAGAUGAACUAUUGCAACAAUUGGUCGAUCCAGUUUGGCACCGCUGCUAUGCAUUCUGAUGGGUUUAUAGUACGAAAUCAUCCUCACAUGUUCUCUUAGGCAUGCUUUACCCGCAACCAAACAUGCACAGUAACAAAAGAACAACACUUUCGACCCCAUUCUUACAAUUGCCUUUGCCCAAGCGCCCCGCCAGCUAUGAGAAGCCAAGUUUCGGGUCAUUAUUUCCAACGACUCCAAUCGCCCUUGGCGACACUUUAAUUCCACUUUGGAUGGUAGUGCUUACCGCGCCUAGCCAUACCGAAUGUUGGUGAUGAUGUCUAUAACAGCAAAUGUUGAAUCCAACGUUCAACGUCUCUCAACUAUCUGAAUUGGAUUCACAACCACACUAAAGCAAUAUGUCGUCGGCGUCAUCAACGCAGCGCAAAGUCCCCCUAGAAGUCCUACAUCUAUCGAUGCCGCGGACAGGCUCCGCGUCCAUGAUGGAAGCGUACAAGAUCCUAGGCUUCUCGACAUAUCACGGCACAGACUUCGUCGACCGACCAGAUGACCAAGUGCAGUGGGAGAAGGCGGUGGACGCGAAGUGGUUCGGCAAGGGACGACCGUUCGAGAGAGCUGAUUUCGACGCUUUCCUUGGUGAAUUUCACGUGUUGAGCGAUUUGCCUGUUAUUGGGUUCUCAGAGGAGUUGUUGGAGAUGUAUCCAGAGGCCAAAGUCGUCCUCGUCGACCGCGACCUAGACAAAUGGUUUGAGUCCUACGCCGUCUCCGUAAUCCCCAACAACUACACCCCCAUCGUCAAGAUCCUCACCACAAUCCUUGAACCCUACUUCCUGCGCGCGCGGCCCGCGACUCUAAUCGUCAACGAGUCCCACGCCUGGUUCGGGUGCCACGACGAAGCGUCGUACGCCGCCAGCGCGAGGGAGAAGUACAAGUCGCACUACGCGAUGGUGCGAGAGCGCGUGCCGAGAGAGCGGCUGUUGAAUUACGAGCUUGGGAGUGGGUGGGGGCCGCUGUGUGAGUUUUUGGGGAAGAAGGUCCCGAACGAACCGUUUCCGUUCAAGAAUGAGAGGGAGGAGUUUAGGAAGUGGAUGCGAGAGGUGCAGAGGAGGAAGUUGAGGGAUGGGUUGUGGCAGGUUGUGAAGGGGGUGUCGGUGGUUGGGUCGGGAGUGCUGGCGGCGUAUGUGUAUGGUUAUGGGGUGAGGAUCUGGGGUUGAUUAUCUCAGCUUUGGUAUUGGAAAAGAGCUCAAGUUGCAUUGAAAGCAAGCCAUGUUGUCAUCCAAGCCUGUGCUUUGUCUUAUG